CGAACGGACGCGUCACUAUGAGCUCCGUCGGAGCGGUAUCAACGGCUGCUGAUAGCCGUGGCGACAAGGACGAACGAUGCAACGAACCUUAUCGGAUUGUCAUGCCCCCGAUACCGACAGGCGAGUACCUCCUGAACUCCGUUUUCCUUCAUGCCGACAUCGGAGCGAGACCAUACAGAAUUGAAGACUUCCAGGCCGGACUGGAAAACGCAGGAGUCCUCAAGGAGAUAGCCGCGUGCGGGUCAUUUCAGAUGAACCACGUGUGGCUCGUGACGCUCAAAUCUGCCGCUGCCAAAGAGAAGUUAGCAGCCGCUAAAGCUUUCGAGGUGAAAGGCAGGCGGUGCGUUAUCAUUGACCCGGACAGGGCAGAAGUGCGUCUCAAGCUGCACUGGAUCCCGUUCUACAUGCCAGACGACUGCGUGAAAAAAGCCCUGGAGCCCUACGGCAAAGUCGAAGAAGUCUCCAGAGAAACCUGGCACGUAGGUGGAUUCGAGGGAGUCCAGUCAACCACGAGGACUGUGAGACUAACCCUGAAAGAGAACGUCACCGUCGAGCGCCUACCUCAUCAGCUCCGCCUCUCUGGCUGCUCGGCGCUGGUUCUUGCACCAGGACGAGCGCCACUCUGCCUUCGCUGCCGCAAGACCGGACACAUACGGAAGGAAUGUCGCGUACCUCGCUGUGAGGGCUGCCGACGCUACGGACACACCCGCAGCGAAUGUGCGAAGACGUACGCUGACGCGGCCCACGCGGCCCACGCGAAGGUGGACGACGAUCUGGCGGAGCACAUCAUGGACCAGGACGAGGCGGAAGCGGCGGCGGGAGAAACCGGCAAAACCGACGUCGACCUCGAGCCUCGUGGUCAAACUGGAACAGCAGCGAGCACCUCAGUCCAACCCCAGAAGCCUCCGUCGAAAACGCAAGCCCCGGUGGUCGUCACUCCGACGCAAGAAGCGGAGGGCAACGAGCCCACUCGUCCCCCGCCACCCCUGAAACCCGAAGGCAAGGAUGACGACCUACACCGGGUGCCACUUGACUUCGCCCAGGGCGCGGAAUCCGAGAAAGGCAGCGUAGCCAUGGAAGUCGUGGCUAGCACCGUCAAGCGACCGCUUCCGACUGCGGACGCACAGGACGGCGACCAAUCUAAGGGACUUCAGCAGACGGUUCAGGACAGGUGGAAGGUGGUGAUGACCAAGAGAGGCAGGCACCACGGGGGACCUCCGGCCCUAGCCUCGGCAACCCUCAAGACAAGCCUCGACAACACCCGCGGUGAAGCCUCCGCCAAGGAGAGCUCCGCUUUGUCCAUCCGUGGGAGGCCCACAGCCAAAGGGUUCCUUGGUCAUCGGACCCCGGCAGGCCAGAGGAGUCCGGCGAAGGAGCGCCCAACACCAAGACAUCGAUCGCCACCGCGCCAGCCGACGACUUGGGCCCGACCGAGCCGCGGCGCCAGACACGGGUCAACGCCCACGACUCCGGGUCUAAACGCGCGCCCACACAGUCCAGCCACGGAGCUCGCUGCUCGAGGUCGUGGCUCCAGGCAAGCGGGCCUGUCAGCCGCACGCGCCGAAGCCCGGGGUAAACAAAUUCGGCGUUCAAUAUCAACACCGCGGGCGCCACGGAUCGCAGACUAAACAAACACCCGGUCGUAUAUAUACCUCCCCACAUACCCUAUACAGGGUGUUUCAGAGAACUCAGGCCAAAUCGCUCCUGCGAAAACUACUCAUUGCAACAGAAAAGGGCUUGUGUCGUUUUGGUCCCGGGCCAGGGGCCCCAUUUAGAGAAAUUAUUAAA